CUCCUUCUUUUCACGGCAAAUCAUCUUGAAAGCCUGUGUGGUGUUAGAUGUCACACAUGGAAGGUGGAUAGUCAUGGACAGGCAAAAGAAAUGAAAGGUUCUCUAACGUGUUAUUUAUAGUCUGCCAGUGGCUGACAGGAAGAGGCGGACAAAGAGAAGCAGGAAAGGCUGAAGUGGGAGUCGUCGACUCCGCCUGUGGUGCUGCUGCUGUUGGCCGGACGCUUCUAGCAGAGCGACUGGACGAUUAUGGUGGAUGCCACAGUGAGACACAAUGCUGGAAUGUCACGUUUGGACUCGUUGGUGCUGGCGUGGCUUCACGCUGGUGUUGCUGCUGCAGGGUCUGAGCCGCUCGGCUCCCGCGGACCAACCCUCAAGCCGGUGUAGCGUCUCCGUCUCCAAGGUGGCGUCCAGCUGGGAUGGGCUGCAGCUCACGUUCAGCACACCCGGACGCGGCUGCUCCUUCGUCGUGACGUCGCUGGACGGCCGCGGCGAUGGCGCAGACUGCCUGAGCGGCGGGUCGGAAGACAUUGGCAAGCUGGCGGGGGGAGUCUUCACCUGCGGGUUGCAUCAUUUGGAACCAGGAAGUGCGUACCUGCUGCAGGUUCAGUCCGGCAGCGGCCAGGAAAUGGCCAACGUCACCGCCCACACCACUCCUUCGGCACCAGUGGGCCUGGGGGUGACCUCCAGGGCCUGUGACAGCCUGGGACUUUCCUGGCAGGCAGGCCCGGGCAGGACGCAACGUUUCAGGCUGCUGCUGCGGGGACGUGCCGCCCACCUGCUGAUGAACGAGACAUUGGAGAGCACAGCCACGCGGCACACGCUAGUCGGGCUGACUGCUGGGAGGCGCUACAACGUUACCGUGGCGACGGAGGCUGGCGGCCUGCAGAACAGCACGACCGUGGAAGCUCAGACAAUCCCGUCUGCCAUCGCCAACCUGACAGCUGCCAGCAACAGCACCUCCUUGUGGUUGUCAUGGAAACAGCCCGAGGGCGACCUGGACGCGCUGGUCGUCUCCCUGCAGUCCAACGGCACGAGCACGCGUGAGAUGAGUCUUCCCCCUGGCGCCACGGGGGUCAGCGUGAAUCAGCUGAUCCCUGGCUCGGCCUAUCAGGUGACGGUGACCUCUCGGAGCGGCCACCUGCUUAACCAUUCAGAGAUCAGCGCACGCACAUCCCCGGCGCCGGCUUCUCUCCUCGCCCUGACCCCGUCCUCCCUUGGCGGCCUCCUGCUGUCAUGGUCGCCGCCUGCUGGUGGGUGGGACCGCUACAGGCUGUUUCUCUACGACGGCGCACAGCAAUUAGCCAGCAGCGUCGUCCACAAGAACGCCGUCAACUUCACCUUCCCUGGGACGGGUCUACUUCCUGGAGGGAGGUACAGAGCGACACUGAGGGUGGAGAGUGCUGGCACGGCGGCCGAGAGCAGCUGUGACGGCUCCACAGCUCCGGCGCCGGCACUCCGCCUGCACAUCCGACACGCAGAUGAAACCUCCCUCAGUGCCAUGUGGAGCCAUGCUCCCUUGGGGUCACGUGACAGCUACUUGCUGACUCUUCGCCACGGUGACGUCGAAGUUUAUACCAGGGAGGUGGGGCCCAGCAUGAGAGAGUGCACCUUCAACGUCCUCACCCCCGGGAGGCACUACACCAUCACCGUGAAGACCAGGAGCGGGAUGGCGAGCGCCUCCGUGUCUGUGGAGGGGCACACAGUUCCCAUGGCGCUGAGCGCCAUCACGCUACGCAGCGCUGGCGUGGACAGCCUGCAGGCAUCAUGGGAAAAACCACGUGGAGAUGUGGACUCGUACAAAGUCGUGCUUCUGAAGGACGGUGUCGCGGUUCACAACCACAGCCUUCCAGCUGACUCCGCCUCCUUGCUGAUGGCAGAGUUAGUGCCUGGCACUCUCUACCGGCUGCAGGCUGUCACUGUCAGUGGGGGUGUGGAGUCCACAGCCACCAGCCUGGAGGGAAGAACAGCCCCAGCAUCCGUCACCGAGGUAACCGUGGUCAACGGGGGCAGGCCGCACACGCUGCACGUGUCUUGGCGUCCCGCGGCGGGCGUGGUGGACAGUUACCUGGUCCGCCUUCAGGACGGGAGUCGCAACGUCCAUACGCUGGCCGUGUCGCGCUCCUCGCCACCUGAGUGCUCCUUCGGCUCACUGGUGGCCGGGCGACUUUACACGGUCGUCAUAGUGACGAGGAGCGGCAUCCUGGAGAAUGCCACCCAAGUCCAAGAACGCACACAACCCGCCGCCGUGCAGAAUCCCACCGCUGUGCACUCAGCAAGAGAGGACUUUCUCAAGGUGUACUGGCGGCACGCGGCCGGAGACUUGGACCGCUAUGUGGUUCUGAUCUCGUACAACCACAGCGUCCUGCAGAACCAGAGUGUGGAGGCCGGCCACAGCGAGUGUGCCUUCUGGUCCCUCACGCCGGGCAGGCUCUACACAGUCACCGUGGAGACGUGGAGCGGCCGCCACGUCAGCAGCGUGUCGACAGACGGGCGCACGCUUCCAGCUGCUGUGGGCAACCUGUCACUAAGCAACAUUGGAUCAUAUGACUUGGCAGUCACCUGGAGCCCCGCCCCCGGAGAUGUGGACCAUUAUGAGGUCACCUUACUCUUCAACGACACGCGUGUUUCUCCCGCGGUCACGUUGGGCAGCCACGUGGGAGGUCACCGUUUGUCCUCUUUGACCCCGGGGCGGCGCUACAAGAUUGUGGUGUCGACGUUCAGCGGACCGAACCAGAGGGCCCAGUUCACGGAGGCUCGGACUGUUCCCGCCGCUGUGACAAACCUGCACCUGGUUCCGCGCCGAGACCCAAUGGACUCUGGCGGGGGGCUACUGGUCACGUGGACGCCGGCGGACGGAGACAUGGACGUGUAUGUCGCCUCGCUUUCUGCUCCUGAUGGACUUGUGAUGGAAACCCGACUCGUGCCCAAACACGUGGCCUCUUUGGACUUCCUUGAUCUGAUCCCAGGCCAGGCCUACAAUUUCACCAUCCAAUCACGUAGCGGGAAGCUAACCAAUAGCAAUACGGUGUCUGGCCGCACAGCCCCGGCCCGAGUUAGCGCUCUGCAGGCCGACAACGAGCACACGACCCACAGCCUCACCGUCACAUGGGAGGGUCCGGUGGGCGUGUACGACAGCUUCGUGCUGCUGAUGAGCGAUGAUACCGGCGUCAUUUGGGCCAAUCGAACGCUCCCGGCCGAGAGCCGCGGCGAGCCCCUGGCGGGUCUGACGGCAGGGAAGUGGUACCGUGUCAGGCUGGUGACGCUGAGCGGUGGCGUGGAGUCAUCAGAGGUCACGGCGGAGGCUCAAACACGGCCCGCUGCCGUCACCAACCUGACCACCGCCGCCAACACGUCUUCGCUGACCUUCUCGUGGCGCCCCUCCGACGGCCAUGUGGACAUCUACGACCUGUCUCUCUUCGCCGUGGACGAGCAGAUGUCCAAUCACAAACAGGAAGACGCAGGGAGCAGGAGGGAGCAUCAUCAGGUGCCGGGUACGCUGGUGGGCGUGGACAAGGUCCACCCAGGUGUGGAUGUGCGCGUGUUCACGGGCCUGCGGGCAGGAGGACUUUACCGCCUGCGGGUGAUCAGCUGGAGUCGGGACCUGAGCAGCGAGUCGUCCGUGCUCGCCAGGACGGUGCCUUCUCCUGUCACACGGCUGCGGCUAGAAAGUUCCGGCCAGACGGACAAACUGACGGCGAGCUGGCAGCACGGGCAGGGGAGGCGGGCCAGCUACCAGGUGACCUUGUAUGACCUUUCCGGAGUCACCGUGGGAGCUCAGCUGCUGGGGGCGGAGCACAGGAGUCACAUGUUCACAGGGCUGACCCCCGGGAGGCGGUACUGCGGCGAGGUCAUUACACGUAGUGGCGAGCUGAGCAACGGGGCGACGACGUUUGGACGCACAACACCGGAACCACCCACUCACCUGUCCGUCAAGCAAGGCCCAGCCAAUGACACGCUGGAGCUAUUGUGGGCCGGCCCCGACUCUGGAGACUACGACAGCUUUGCCGUGGCGUGGACGCCCCCCGACCGCCUGUCAAUCACCAGGAAGGAGGCAACGAGCCGCCUCGUGGGCGGGACGUUUCCAGGCCGACGGUACAACUUCACAGUGGCGACGGUCAGCGGGGGUGGGGGGAUGGGUGGGCCGAGCGUCAGGAGCCAACCAAUCCAAAGAGGUGUUACUACAAGUCCGGCCCCCCUCAGGUCGGUCCACUGCGUCCCCGUGUCGUCGUCGUCUGUGUCGUGCUCCUGGUCUCCUCCUCUGUCCGACUUGGACUCGUACGAGGUGGUGUGUCGUCGCCAUGACGACGGGCACCCAAUGGCCACGCUGCGGCUGACAGGGGGGGUCACCACGGUAACGCUGGACCACCUGGACGCCUUCCGGAGGUACUCGGUGGCGGUCCGAGUGUCGUCCUCAGGGCAGACGAGUCCGCCAGCGACGCAGACGGUCGCCACCAUGAUCGACCGUCCACCGGCCCCGCCCCCCAGCCUGACCGUGAGUGAGGGGACGUCGAAGGCGACGACAUCCUCCAUCUUGUUCCGCUUCAACUGCUCCUGGUUCAGCGACGUCAACGGCGCCGUGCGAUAUUUCGCCGUCAUCGCCGCCGAGUCUGACGCUGGUGACGUCCUGCUGCCGGAGCAGCGCCACCCUCUGCCCUCCUACCGCCACUACAUCAACAACGCCUCCGUCCGCGCCUACCAGACCGCCUACUUCCUCAACCGAUGCCCGCAGGAUGCCAACGCCGGCCAGGUGGUGGAGGUCCACCUGGGGGCUGGAGGAGACCGUCUGGGCGGGGCCUGUGAUCGUUACCGCGACGACUCCUUCUUGAGCGACGGCUACGGAUAUGGACACUUCUGUGACGGGCCGCUCAAGCCCAGAACGUCUUACAGGCUGAGCGUGCGGGCGUACACGCGACUGUUUGAUGAGAACAACCAAGAGUUUCCUCAGCCGCUCUUCAGCGACACCUACCUGUCCGCACCCCUCAGGACACUCGCAGAGCCACUAGGGGGCGUGGUGGAGGGUCUGAGUGCCAGCGUGUUCCUUCUUGGCGUGGCGGUGGCGGCGGUGUCGCUGCUGCUUUACAGACACAAACUUCAUAAAGUGGCGGCGCAGGAGAGCCCGGUGAUGAGGAUGAGUAUGUGGAAGGAGGUCCCUCAUGCAGGGAUGUACGUCGCCGUGAGGAGCGCUCGUCGGGUCACCAGUCCCGUCAAGGCGUGUCACUUCGAGUCUCACGUGGUCAAACUUCGUGCCGACGCCAGCUUCCUGCUAUCUGAGGAGUUUGAGGACCUGAAGGACGUGGGCCGGAACCAGACGAUGGACGUGUCGCGUCUGCCCGAAAACCGCGCAAAGAACCGCUACAACAACAUCCUGCCAUACGAUUCCACCCGCGUGAAGCUGUCGUGUCUGGAUGACGACCCGUGUUCCGACUACAUCAACGCCAGCUACGUUCCCGGUCACAACUUCCGGCGCGAGUACAUCGCCACGCAGGGCCCGCUGCCCGGGACCAAGGACGAGUUCUGGAGGAUGGUGUGGGAACAUGGCGUCCACGCCGUCAUCAUGGUGACGCAGUGUGUGGAAAAGGGGCGGGUCAAGUGUGAGCAGUACUGGCCCGCCCACAAGGAGGCGCUGUACUACGGGGAGCUGGUGGUCCAGAUGACGUCUGAAUCGGUUCUUCCCGAGUGGACUGUCCGCGAGUUCAGGAUCACCUCGGAGAGCGGCGGCGGUCUCGCCCGGCUGCUGCGUCACUUCCACUUCACCGUGUGGCCCGACCACGGCGUCCCGGACAGCACGCACUCGCUGGUCCAGUUCGUUAUGACCGUCCGAGACUUCGUGGACCGCUCGGGCGGCGCAGGACCCAGCGUCGUGCACUGCAGUGCCGGCGUGGGACGCACCGGGACCUUCAUCGCGUUGGAUCGGGCCCUGCAGCAGCUGGACGCCAAAGGAAGCGUGGACCUGUACGGCUGCGUGUUCGACCUGCGCCUGCACCGCCAGCACAUGGUCCAGACCGAGAAUCAGUACGCUUUCCUGCACCAGUGUGUCCGUGAUGUCCUCAGAGCCCGCAAGCAUCGCAGCCAGCAGGAGGGCCCGCUUUACGAGAACUUCAACCCGGACUUGUGCCGCGAGCUGGUCCACACGGGGGCGCUGCUCGUGCACAAGCUAGCGGGAUGAAGACGCCGCUUCUAGCUAGCAAGGAAAGAGACGUUUAUUUUUCUAUUUUAUGAAUUGAUAUCUCACUCCUAUUUAAAAGUGCUACUUAUGUACAUACUGCCUGUUUACGCCCACCGGCUUGUCCAUGCACACAUGGCACUAUUUUACUAAAGUACUUCACUUAUCAUCAUGCCUGCAAGUGCACGUGUGUACAAGCCCCGCCCCCCUCUCCCCCCUCGCCCCCGCUCGCUUCCUGUGCGACUGAGAGAAGACGACGGAUGAAGGCUUUUAUUCAAAGGCGUGUGAGGCACUGCAAGCUGCUACCUGGGUCACAUGGUGCAGAAAGAGGGCGGAGCCAACAGGAAGUCACCUGAGUUCAAACAUGAAUGCACUGAAGCGCUACAAGGACAGGUGAUUAAAGGGUCAUGUGACGCUAUAUCUUUGAGCGCUACGCCAGGAAGCCACCGCCACUUCCUGUCUGCUCCACCUGCAUUUUAAUGUUCUCGCUCGCGGCGGCGCACGUAGAACAGCGGCCUGGACAGCGACAGCAGCUCGAGGUCAGAGUUUGUGUCCGAGGGCUUGCGGGUCGUCGUCGCCACUGCCACCUCCCGGCACGGCCGGUAGGUGCACUUCCUGCUCUGGAGCUCCUCCGCGCGCAUGGCGAGGGAGUGCGCACACACGGUCAGCAGCACGAUGAGCGCGCCCAGCAGCAGCGCCGCCACGGGCCACAGCAUGCAGUGCAGCAGUACGCUGGCGUCGUGCGAGCGCCGCCACAGCACGUCGUCAGGCCUGCAACGACAGCAAGAAGAGCUUCCUGCACGCCGGAGGAACGUGCACACUCACCUCCUGUGCUGGUUGAAGAAGCACGUGAAGCUCUGACCCGACACUUGCCGGCUGAAGUACUCCUCCCAGCGCAGCACGCUCUCGCGGUUCUUCUGGUUGUCGCGCUCACAUGACGGCACGUACGAGCACUGUGGACCAAUCACAGGGCACGCUCAGCACACCUGACUCCGCCCACCCACACACACUAAUUUAACUUUUCCUUUUUUGGAAAAGUCUGGGAGUGUCCACAGGAUGACGCCCCCUGGAGGCGGGUCUACGUCAUGCAGUUUUAUUAUUUAUUUUAUUUUUUUACAUUUAGAACACUGCGUGUGUGUGUGUGCACAUAACAAAUUUAGUGAUUAAAAAGGAAAUGACUUCAGUGAUUAGGAGCAAUUACUCCGUGGCCCCGCCCACCUGCAGACAAGUGUGUGUGCAAGGUGGUCUCAGAGUGGGCGUGGCUCAAACAUUGCAAGAUGCUUGACAGGACAUCCCCUCAUCACCAUGGCGACCGAGCAGCACGGAUGACGCACCGUCUCCCUCCUCUAUAUUUACUCUGUUGCCGUAGCGACGCAGCAGCACAGCCAAGUCAUGCCGCUGACAUCUUGGACCUCUGUGACCUUUCUUGACCUUGAGUGUCACACUGGUUGCCUUGCGAGGAAAAGCGGGUGGUACCUUGGGGUUGAGGAGCAGCUGGUGCUCGUCAAAGUGCAGCAGCGCUAAGGUCGACGACUCAGAGUUGUUGACGAAGACCUGCAGGCAUGGAUACAGCGACGUCCCCUUGCAGGCUGCGCCGCACGUGAACACGCACGCGAACGUUUCCUCCGCACGCAACACCGACACCACCUAGAGGGGGGGGCAGGAAGUGCACAUGACAGUGGAAAUGCCAGCUGAGGUUGGCCAAACACCCAGGGAGCGAUCAGGAAGAUGGUCAUGUGGAGCAAAUAUGUUGCAUGAAGGUAAAGAGGACGAUCAUGUUGGGUGAAGAAGACCAUGUUGCAUGAAGGUAAAGAAGAUGAUGUUGCACCAAGAGCAAGAAGAAGAAAGUAAUGUCGCAUGAAAGUGAAGAUCAUGUGGAGCGAAGAAUAUCAUGUUGCAUGCGGUUAAAGAAUAAUGUGUUGCAUGAAGGUCAAGAACAUCACGUGGAGUGAAGAUCAUGUUUCAUGAAGGUAAAGAAUAAGAUGUUGCAUGAAAGUCAAGAAGAACAUCACGUGGCGUGAAGAUGAUCAUGUUGCAUGAAGGUAAAAAAGAGGAUCAUGUCGGGUGAAGAAGACUGUGCUCCAUGAAGGUAAAGAAGAUGAUCUCACGGUGCAGUUGGCGCUCUUGCUGUGCAGGCUGUGCAGAGCGGGGCUGAGCCAACAGAAUCCCAGGAUGAAGAGACUCAACACACCGCACGCCAUCAGGAACAAUCCCAGCCGGAUGCUGCGGUCCUCCGCCUCCGAGUACUCGAACAACAGGCGCGUCUUUGCCAUGGCCGCUACAAGCACUCCUCCGUCAGUAUGGAGAGGAGAAGGACGAGGAGGAGGAAGAGGAGCGACAAGCACGGCUGCUCUCUGAGUCCAACUGUUUUCUCUUUAUUCCUCCCACCCCCACACCCCCAGCCUGCCUCUCUCAACUACACACACACGCACACACACACAUAUUGGAGCUUUCAUUUCCAUGGACCUUCUCCAUGUUCCACUGGAGGUAAUCCUCUCAGUGGGCGGGGCCAGCAUUGAUUGCUGGAGGUGUCACGUGACUGUCAUGUGACAGCUGUGAGAUGGUGAAUGGCGUGCGUGCGCCAGAUGGCACAUCAAAUCACGUGACUUCAAUCAACACCGAGCAGAGGAUGUUUAUGUUAUGACGACACCUUCGACGUCCGCAUGUGCAGCAAAGCAGCGACAUGGCGCCACCGUGUGGACAAAGCACAGACCGCACAUGAUGAUGAAGGAGGCGAGUCACGACUCGUGGCUUUCAUUAACAGAAUAUUUAUUUGUUGCUAUGAAAACACUAGCUGCCAUAUUGAGUCCAGGUCACAAGGCUCUGUGGGCGUGUCCCAGGCGUGGCUGCUGCCAGCUGUCGCUAUGGUAACCAGCGUGGGUCCCUGGAGACUGUCUCUGUGGCGGUUUCCCUGGAAACCUGCUGAGCGUCGGCGCCCCCUGGAGCCGGCUAAAGGAAUGUCGGGACGUUUGGGAAGAAGCUUUGAGCGCCCGUCCGUUGUUGCCGGGUAGACGUAAACAUGACAGAGUGAGGCUUCCUGUCGGCUGACAACAUCCUUUGUCCCCUUUCAUGAGCAAAGUGACCUGACCAUCGGAACAGGAAAUGGAAGUUGACAAAGAGGAGGAGUCUGUCUGGUGGACCAGUGGCAGGCAGGCAGACAGCUGGGCCACAGCCAAUCAGAAGGCCUGCUGGGCGGGGUUGUAGUUGAAGGUGGAGGGAACGUGAGGUCGCUCUUCUAGUUUGUCGUAUUCUAGGUGAAACUCCUGAGAGCAGGAAAGAAUGUUAGCAUUCCGCAGUCAUGUGCGUGCGUGCGUGUGCACGUGGUCACCUUGGCGACCUUCCUCCAGUUGAGGCAGUCGAAAAAGUAGUAGGUCCCUCUCUCGUAGGCGUUGGUCUUCAGCGUGGGCUCCAUCCCGGGUGCCCUGGUGAUCCACACGCGCUCCUCCUUGUGGUAGCGCCAGUCCCGGUUGAAGCUGCGGACAAAGACAGGAAGUCAGUACGCCGCCCGGUGGUGCCGGGCCGGGAGUGGGCAGGGCUCUUACAGCUCCACGGCCGCCAGCAGCUGCAGGAGGUCGCCGCCGUUCAUGUAAUAGAGGUAAAAGAGGAGAUCCUCGCCGUAUCGGGACAGCUUGAUGGCGGCCAGCUGUGGAGCACAAACACGCUUGUAGAACGCUCGCACAUGCACGCGCACGUGAGGGCCUACCUUGUCCCGGAUGUGGAUGUUGGUCAAAUACUCUGACGGCACGUGGAAGUCUGUGAGGGGGCGGAGACAAAAGGACAAGUCAGAGGCGAGCGCGGUGCCGUCGGAUCGCUCGACUCACCGAUGUCCUGUGGCCGACACGGCGCCGAUGCCCAGGGAGACGCAAACUUGGGAUAAAGAUUCCUGACGGGAGAGAAGAAGAGCGACCAUGAGUGACCUUUCACCUGCAGGGGUCGGCGUGGAGACGUGGGGCUCGUACUCGGGGGAGUUGAGGUUGAGGCCCAGGGUGGUGAGGUCGGAACCAAGCGCCAGGUGCACCAUUCCCGGGUCCGUCUCCGCAGCCCGGAUGAACGUCAGCAGGCCAAUCAUUCCAAACUGGUCCGUUACCAUGCCGACCGGGAUGUUGGUCACGCGCCCUGUACACACACACAUAAUGAGGAAAGGGGCGGCGUGGCCUGCGUGCACACGUGCGUGCCUCACCGUCAGGAAGCACCUGGAUUCCUUUCUUCUGCUGGUUGUUGUUGCUCGGCGCCACAGAACUUUUGUCCCCCGGGAACUUGGGACCGUCUGAGGUGGAGGCGGGCUUACCUGAUGAGCUGAGACUCUGAUGGGUAGAAAGAACAGUCAGAUGACAGGAAGUGACAUAUGGACAGAGAGCGCACCACGCACCGCUUUCCCGUCCUCGCCGGCGCCGCUCGUGUCCUUCGUUUGGUAGUUGGGCCCGGGGAGCGCUGGGAAGUCUUCGUUGUGGAUGGAGAAGUCCUGUGACUGCUCGUUGGACGGCUUCGUUACCAUGCCAACUACAGGGGGCGGAGCACACAGUCAAGAGGCGUCUCGCGCUCGCUCGCGAGCUAGCAGAGCUCUCUCACCGUACGGCGCCCGCCCCGCCAGCGGGUUGAGCAGCGGCGUAGGAUUGGAGCCCCCGUCCCGUCGACUGCGGUCCGCUAGGGCCGGGAAGUCGGACAGGUCCAGCCCGGUGACGUUCUCGCUGCCAUCUGCACGUACGGGGAAGGUCAGGGGAUGGUACUGGGGGAGGGGAGGGGCGGGGCCGAGGUGGGGCGAUCUUACCUGUGCCGUUGAAGAUGUUGCUGGCCAGAGAGUUGUUCAUGUUGAAGCCAGGAUUCCUGCUCACGCCGAAACCUGACAUGCUAACACACACACACACACACUUCUGCUUGGGCUGGUCCGGGUGAAGGUGAAAGGUUAAAGGUGAGAGGUUCUACCUGUUGAUGGUGAAUGCUUGUCGCGACUGCUGCUGCUUGGGCAUCCCGAUGAUGCUGGGCGACGACCUGCUGGGACUCCCCAUGCUUCCGCUCCUAACCCCGGCCCCGCCUCCUCGCUCUCCUCCCAUCCCGAUUGGCUGCCCCGCGGGCCCGCCCACCUGCUGGUUGUGGUUGAGGACGCUGCGGCUGCUCAUGGGAAGAAUCCCCCUGCGGCGACACGGGGAUGAGCGGGCUACACACGGGCGGCUAAGGGUCGUCGGCGGGCGUACCUGCUGGGCGAGGGGGGCGUGUGCAUGCUGCCGCUGUUGGCGGCACUGGCAUGACCCGACAGCUGGCCGGCCGACUGAUUGAGGCCGCUUCGACUCAACGGCGGCGCCACGCUGCUGUUGAUGCUGCGCAUGGGGAAGCCCAACGCACCUGCAGAGAUGGACAGGAAGUGAGGCGAAAGCGGGGGCAUGCUGCGGUCCACGCACGCCGCGGCAGCGACUUACUCUGAGGACCAUACAAACUCGCCCCCAGCUGAGACAGCUGACCCGGAGACGAUGCCGAGGAAGAGGGCAACAUCUGAAAAGGAAAGACGUCGUCAGAGCGCUCAUCCCGACAACCAAUCACGCGCCUCCAAACACACGUCUUACGUCUUUGUCGGUGCGGUGGGGGGGGAACAUGGACUGCUGGCUGUAGUAGAGGCUGGACUCAUCCGUGUAGUCGCCCUCUACCCCCCCCUCCAUGAACUUCUUCCGGUUAGCACCAAACAUGCCCGUGUGUCACCUGUCACAAACCAAUGACGUCACAGUGCUGGCCCGAGCGCUCACCUGACACACUUACUGGUCAGGUGAGGAGGUGGGCGUGGCCAGGCUGAAAAUGUCCGCUCCACACACACAAAGCUGUUUCAGCGGGGAGCACAGCUGGCAGGUGUCAACAUGUCUGUGCUAGCAUGCUAACCGAGCCGAUGUCGCGCUUUAAGGUGAGCCAAACUUCACGUCUAAUCAUACGUGUUCGUUUCUUUUAUACGUUUGUUCGUGUUACACUAAAUAAUUUCACGAAAGACAUGCUGGUUUUGCACUGACGUGCGAUACUGCGCAAGCUGGCGCUAGCAUUGGUGCUGGGCUACGCUUCUUAUUGUGCUACAUGACAGCGUAGUAAUGUUCGGGUAGUAGUUUAGUGUGCGAUGAUGAGCUAGUGAGUAAACUGACUUUAGGAAGCAGCUUAUUACCAAAGAGCAUGCAGGAGUGCUAGUUAGCAUGGUGGCUAAUACAGCUAUCAGCAACGACUGGCUUUACUAAACAGCCUCCGAAGCUAGCAAAGACAACUGUUAAACGGGCCGAUUAAGUCCAAACAGGUUCCUGGUUCAGUACCGAGGACUGAAGUGUUUUAGUUCCGUUUUGGGCCCAUUGUGUCUGCUAGCUGCUCGAACAACAACAACAACAACAAAAAGCAACGGAGGCUACUGGCGGGAGAAACGUCCUCGUUAUGCCCGCAUUCGGACACAGUUCGCCGGCUUAGACACCCACGAGCUGCCGGCGAUUUAUUCACUGACACGUGCAGCUGACACAUAUAAACACACGCGUUGAAGAAUUGAUGCUUUUUAAAAAACACCUUACCGCAUCUAUCUUUCUGCACCUCUACAAUCCAAGAUGGCCGACAUGUCUUUGCCAGACAGAGAGCAUCAUGGGAAGUCUUUCCAGCGCCUCCAUUCUGUUCUAUUCUACUUUGUUCUGCAGGUACUUUAUUCCACUCUAGUCUGUGAUACGUUAUUCUUUUCUAUUUGACCUUAUUCCCCGCCGUUCCACGUGUGAUGCAUGUGCCGUGUAAUAGAGAGUAGAAUGUGACUAGAUUGCAUGAAAAGAGUGAAACGGCUCCAUCCAGCGGCCGUGAGAGGAAUGAACGCAGACAGGAAUUGCAUGAAGUUUAUUCCAUCAUUUUUCUGCAUAAAUAACAUUUGAAAGAACAAACACGACACACACUUUUGGCUUUUGCAGACGUUUGGCAGUGUUUAGUGGGGGUGGGGAGGUUCUUAAAGGGACAGGCGCGGUCCAAACAUGCGUGAAGAACAUGCUCACAAGUCCCGGUCGGCGUGGAGCUAACCCUAGCUAGCACGAGGACACGGGAGAUGGAUAUGGCUUAAGGGGGGGGGGGCUCCCCAGGUAGAAAAAUAGAAGUGAGGAAGAUGAUUUCUUUGACAUGUUGUCUUUCUUCACAGCGACCCCUCCCCCACCUAGAAGGAACCGCUUCUUUGCUGCAAGGCACACAGGUUUGGGGAUGGGGGGCGGGGGGUGUCAGGAGGGACGUGCAGCAGGUGAAGGGUCAGAGGUCAUCCACUCUGCGGGGAAACAGACACACGUAAGUCAUGUGACCCAUAAAAAGCAUCUUGUUUUGACUGCAGAUGUGCAUGUGUGCGCCUCCCCCCUCCCCCUCCAUCUUCCUCGAAGUUAAUCCUGCGUGUUGUGGCAGAUGGCGCGGCCGCAUGCGCCUGCCGCCGCCCGUCUGGUUAUGAAUGAUUGCACGCUGUCAGGCAUUAAGUUGGAUGAUAAUCCAGCAGCAUAUGCGGCUUCCCUCCUUCGCACCUGACAUGCCGCACGCCGCUCUUGCGCCAGCGCACGCCGCUCCGGCUCAUGUCGGGGGCAAGGGGGGUCGUGCACUCGGACCCCUGCGUCGAGAGCCCACUGUGUCAGCGACACGUUUGCCUCAAAGAUGCUGGCCUCCGUGGUUGCCAACGCACAACACGCGCUAGCCAUGACGGCGCCGGAAGCGACAUCUUUCCCAAAGUCGUGCACGAGGGUCGGCCCGUGACCUUUCACGUGAAUUCCCCCCCCCCCCGUGCCUGUGGCGUGCGCACGCUCAAAGGAGGCCAAGAAAGGAAGCAGAGGAGUAGAAACGGAGCGGACAAAGAGACGCGCGCGUUUCCACAUGAGCGCACGCCACCAUCAUUUACGCAUCGGCGCCAUCACCGUGUGUCACAGGGUGCCGCCGCGUGUGUGCAUGUGUGUGUGCGCUCCGGCCGUGUGGCUUGAAGGAGCAUCAUGCCAACAAUUCAAAGCUUCACCGAGCUAGCUGCCGGCGAAACAAUUAGCUUACGUAAGCACUGGCGUCACCGUGACCCCAGCUAACAUGACUGCUCAUGCUAACGACACGCCGUGACGUGCACACAUGCAUCGUGCACGAGGCCCGCUGUCCACCUUGGCAAACGAAUAACCUUUGACCUGCCAGGUGUCGCCAAGUGUCAUGUCUGUCAAGUUCAGUUGCUGCGGAGGACUGCCAGUGCGCGCGUGCGCGUGUUAUGUAACUUCCUCUUUGUGUCUUUUCUCCCACUUCCAGCGCUUCCCGGCCUGUGGACUUGCAGGAAGUAACUCGCGCUAAUCUCUCGCUUUGAGGUUCUGCCGCUGGACACUUUAAGAACGCGUGUGUGCACGUGAUCGGCGCUCAUGCACUUAUCAAACACCAUAGUGUGUGUGUUUCUAUGAAUGGCGUGCACGCUGUGAGAUUAUGGAAGUAAAGUGAGGAUUAAAGUGGUGGCAGUUUUAGUGUGAGCAUCCAAACGAGACGUCCAUCACUGGGUCGGCUUUGACCAGAUCUUUCCCCCUCUUUUAAUCUGCUGCCAUGACACAUGACACCACCCUCCAAGGACAUGCUAGCACGCCACGCCACGCUGCUUUCCCUCAACGCUUUUCUCAAACGCGGGCCUGCUCCCUGUACCUUAGCGUGUGCCAAACAUGGCGCUCAACAUGUGUCUUUAGCCUGUUCUAUAGGUUAGCGCGUCUUAGCAUGUUCAGUAGGUUAGCAUGUGUGUGUGUAUACAUGUAGGUAAAGACGUGUUAGCGUGUGGUGUCACUUAGUGUGUGUGUAACGCAUGCAGUCAAACAUCUGAGUGUAUUCUAUAUGUUGGCAUGUGGCGUACGUGCAGGCGAACGUGCGAGUUAGCGUGUUAUACGGGUGACUGAUAGAAGUGUAGGUGAACACACGUCUUAGCGUGUGUGUAGGGGUCAUGGAACUCGUGACUUGGCGUGUUCUAUAGGUAACUUUGUGGUAUAAGCGUGUCUUUAGCAUGUCUCAUAGGUUAGCGCAUUCGGUAGGUUAACAUGCGGCGUACAUGUGGGCAAACACAGGUGCUCUCGAGGUCAGUGUGUGGUAUGGGCUCAAGUGAACACGUGACGUGUUGUGUUCUGUAGGUUAGCAUGAAUACGUGGGGGGGUGAACAUGUGUUCUAUAAGUUUGCGUGUGUGUGUGUGUAUGUGCUGUAGCAUGUUGUAUAGGUUAGCGCGUGUGCCUACAUAGGUGAUUAGCAUCCAUCUGUGGUGCGUUGAGUAAAAAAAAAAACAACAAAGGAGUGCAUCAUCUGUCUCCUUCCGAUCGCCAUGGAAACGAGCAAUUACGGCGUGAAGUGACAUGAAAGUAAUGAAGGAGGCGGGCUGAGGUGCGCGUCCUGUUCUGGUCCACUGGGUCCAGAUGUACGUGAAUGUACGCUUUGAAAGCACUUACGCAACGGGCCUGCAGGACUCGGCCCAGUUAGGAAGUGGACCCCCCCACCCGCCAUCAAAGCACCCAGAAGGAAAGUCGCUCGUGACGCCAUCGCGCGUGCCACUGACCUGCUCGCAGUCACGUGUCCGUGCGGCGGUCGUCUGAGUUUGGAGGGAAACAAAGAUUUUAGGAGGGAACCUGAGAGAGGAGAGAGGCGCCGUGCACGCGGGCAGGUCGGAGAGCUCCGGCGGAGAUAUGUACAGGUGACAGGUGUCCUGCAGGGGGCGCUCUGACCCUACAGGUCUGUUUCCCGCGUGUCGAGGCAGAAGGCGUACAGAGAACUCUUCAGGUCCA